AUGCUGUCUCUCUUCCUCAUUCUUAUAAUAUCUCUAAGCGGAUCUCAAAGUAAGUUCCUUUUCUUUCUAGCUUUCUUCAUUCAUUUUAGUACUAUGAGUGAGCAAAUAGUCAUUGGAAGACUUGAGGAAGAUGUAAUUCUCCCUUGAUCAUUUGAGAGUGGUGAAAAAGUCAUAAUUCACUGGAGGAAUCAAGGUGAUGUUUAUACAUACUACAAAGACAGUGACCAUUUGGGAAAGCAAGAUCCCAGAUACACAACCAGGACCCUCUUCCUCAGUGAAAUUCACAGUGAAAAUGCUUCCCUAACUUUCAGAAGAUUAAGCCAUUUGGAUGAAGGAGUGUUCUCAAUGGCCAGUCGACCCUUGAAGAAUGUAGGUGUGAAUCCUGCAGGGCUAUUGAAAAAUAUCUGCAGAUGGCCUAACAAGAAGCUAAUGAUGACAGUUCCCCAAAGCCCUUCUUUCUCCCCCUUCACUUUUGUCACACUGGCGAUAAAGUAUGAAAAGAGGAACACAAACAGCUCCGUAAUAUGUGGCGUGUUAAGUGUUUAUCCUUGUCCAGUUCGUACAUGGCAAGUGAACAAUACAACUAUCCCUGAAGGCAAUAUGGAAGGAAUUGGGUCUUUUGAUCCUUUUUAUAAUAAGAUAAAUAUCAUAGGAUCAAAUUUAUUGUAUGAAUGUACUAUUGAAAAUCCAUUGCUGAAGCAAACAUAGACAGGGAGAUGGACAAUGAAAGGUGGGCUUCAUGGGGCUUUCUGUGUAUAUGUGCUAUGUCCGAGGGUUGGGGGGAUGGGGAAUAAUUUACAGGACAGAACAGAACACAAAGGAAAGAAAAUGCAUCUGUGA